ACAGCUAGGCUGGAGCCACCCUGGACGGGGCGCACUUGCUGGGCGCGUAGGGCUGUCUGCACCUUCUGGGAUCUGGCUGGGACAAUGUUUCUCCUUUAAGACACGGCGCUUCCCACGGUAGCUUCGGCUUCUCUUUGCAGCAGCACCGGAACUUUCCCCACUUUUGGCCGCACUAAGAGGGUGAUGGGCUGUUCCAGGGGCUCUCGUGCGCAAGUGGCCAGCUGAACAUCCUUUGGUUUCCUUGCUGUGAUCGGCGCUUCACUCUGGACUCCCGGAUCUGACUUGGCUGCUCUUUCUGGUCUAACAGGUCCUCCAAGCCCAAGCAGUUUUGGGGAGCUGCAGAGAUGGUUGGUCCCAGUUACAAAGGGACAUUCAUGGUCACUCUCCAGGACCUUCUUGAGUAACAGUGUUUGACUGGAACCACAUACUGUGAACUCUCCAAGGAUGAGAGUCUGUGCUAAGUGGGUGCUGCUGUCACACUGGCUGGUUCUGGCCUACGUGUUCAUGGCCUGCUGUAAGCUGAUGUCCGCCUCGAGCCAGCACCUCCGGGGACAUGCAGGUCACCACCUGAUCAAGCAAGGUACUUGCGAGGUGGUUGCCGUGCACCGCUGCUGCAAUAAGAACCGCAUAGAGGAGCGCUCUCAGACGGUCAAAUGUUCCUGCUUCCCAGGACAGGUGGCUGGCACAACUCGGGCACAGCCUUCUUGUGUUGAAGCUGCCAUUGUGAUUGAGAAGUGGUGGUGCCACAUGGAUCCUUGCUUGGAAGGGGAGGACUGUAAAGUGCUUCCAGACUCCUCGGGUUGGUCCUGCAGCAGUGGCAAUAAAGUCAAAACCACCAAGGUGACCCGGUAGCAGACACAGAAGUGUUUUGACCCCGAGGGGCAUCGGGACGCAGAGCUGUGCUGUGUGGAUUACCAGACUAGUGAGAACUCACCUUGGAACUUGCUCAGAAGUUCAUAGCCAAAAUAUGUGCAUUGUGGAAGGUGGCAUUUACAUGGCUGUCCCUGUUUCUCUGCUUUGUGAUCUCAUCACACUGAACUACAAGCUUAGGUGGCCACUCAACUGAGGUGUUCCCUGGAUCCCAAAAGGAGCCCAGCGCAAGAAAUGCUGGAGAGAACAUCGGAGGUGCUAAUGUGGAUGGAGCAGCACUGGGAGAACCUGGCUCUUCUUGUUCUCCUUUUCCCAAGGAACAUGGACAGGAAGUACAAAAGGACCCAGGCUGGUCCUCUUUUAAAUGUGUCCCUUAGCCAUCAUACAGAAGGCAUGAAAGGAGUCUAAAUGACAGAUCUGGCUCAUAUACAUGUGUUCUAGAUUAAAGAAUUUGAAUUAUCUGGUGCAAGAAAUUAACUUUAUGAACCUUGGAGAAUGGAAGGACUCAUUGGGUUACUAUGUGCACAUUUGUAUUUUUUACUUUUGAUAAUUUAACAUGUUUAUCUUCUUAGUUCCAUUCCUUCAUUAGCAGAGAUGUAGCAGAAGCUUUGUAACCCUGAUACACUGGCAGCUGAGUUCUAAGGAAACCAGAGGUUUAUAACCAAAGCUUUAAUCAUGACACAUUCACAAAGGAACAUGUACCUGUUGGGAUUUUUAUGGCUUGGGGUUAAUGAGAUAGGAAAAUAAUUUAAGACAGAGGACAGUCUCUGUUUAGAGGAAGGAUAAUUUCUUAGGUCUACUUUAUGCUAACUUUAUGGGAAUAUUUUUAUUAUCUAGAAGAAGUCUUUAAAUGCUAACUAUUCACAUGACAGUUGAUGCAAGCCUACCAGAGUCCCUUCUGUACCCAUUUGUCUGGUUUCUUCUUUAAAUGUUAAUUAAAACCUCAGUAAUCUUGCCUCCUAUUUCAGUGAUUUCACAGAUACUGCCAUGCAGAAACAUAAGAAACAAAGAGACACUGGCCCAGGUUUGAAAUGAUGUUAUUCAUGUACACACAUAUGUAAUGUGGGAUUGAUUGUAUGUAUUAAGAAAUGUUGACAAUAUACUUGCUGCGCCAACUGUCUGUCCUUUUGCAAAUUACAAAGAAACAUAGGUUCCAUUAUGUUGUCUACAGUGCUCUCAAUUAUUUGAUUUUAUUCUUGCAGAAGAAGUGGAAAUGGGUGCUACCUGUUUAUUGGUUAAACUUUGGUUUGAAUUUGACUGACUGGGUGCCUACUGGAAUAGUUAUUCUCACAUGACUUAAGUAAAAUAUCACUGUUGAUGACA